AUGGCGGCUACUGCAGCAUUCUCAGCUUCCGUUUCCAAUGUCGCUUCCUCAACCCGAAACCCUAGCUUUCCGUCUCUCCACCCUUCGUCUUCCUCCUUGAAGCUCUUCUCCUCCAUAGCCAAUUCCCCAGCACACCCCUUGAAAUCCCUCAAGCUGAAUCGCAUUGCUCGAUCUCUAACCGCCGCCGCCGCCCCUUCCGCCUCCGCCGCGCCCUCAUCCGCGUCAAGCUCCGCCGCUGCCACAUUCCACGGCAUGUGCUACGUCGUCGGAGACAACAUCGACACUGACCAAAUCAUCCCCGCCGAGUACCUAACCCUCGUCCCCUCCAACCCGGACGAGUACGAAAAGCUCGGCUCCUAUGCCCUCAUCGGCCUGCCGGCCUCCUACCAGACUCGAUUCGUGGAGCCCGGCGCCACCAAGACCAAGUACUCCAUCGUGAUAGGCGGGGAUAACUUCGGCUGCGGUUCGUCCCGUGAGCACGCCCCUGUGGCGCUGGGUGCGUCCGGCGUGGCUGCUGUGGUGGCGGAGUCUUAUGCGCGGAUCUUCUUCAGGAAUUCGGUUGCCACGGGUGAGGUUUAUCCGCUGGAGUCGGAAGGGAGACUGUGCGAGGAGUGUACCACUGGGGAUGUUGUGACCAUUGAGCUGGGUGAGAGUGACAGUAAGCUGAUUAAUCAUACUACUGGGAAAGAGUAUAAGUUGAAGCCGAUUGGGGACGCUGGUCCUGUCAUUGAGGCUGGUGGGAUUUUCGCCUAUGCCAGGAAAGCUGGGAUGAUUCCUUCACGAGCUGCCUAG